GGCUACGUUAGGUAUGAUUCCGUGGAUGUGAACCUUUGGUUUGUACUUAUUAUAAGAAUGGCUGCCAUCUUUAGUUCUCGACGGAUGUUUUACAAAGACUUUAAUGUUUUAUCGUGUUUAACAUUAAAUACAAUAACAUAAUAUAAUUAAAAAAAAAUUUAUAACAACUGUGUGUAAUAUAACAAAUUGUUUAAACUGUUCAAUUGUUAAUGCCGUGGUGAAUAAUUGUUAUAAAAAUGAUUGUGUUUACAUCAAAGUUUAAAAUGAGCUUCUGUAUUUCUGUCACAUUGAGUAUGUGGACAACAUCUCUCAAAUAGCAAUUUUGUAGUGCUUUUAAAAAACUAAAUAAAAUAUUUAACAAAAAGCCAGCCAUCUAAUAAAUAAAUAAAAAAUAAAAAAGUAAAUAAAUAAACGGCGUAAAAAAUUAUUGCCGUUGAAAUAUUUAUUUAAAAAAAAGAGUAAAUAAAAGCCUCCAAGACGUCGGCUAAGUCAGUUAUUAAAUUAACUGGUGGAGCAGCUGGAGGGUGUGGAUCCGAGGGUAAUGUUUCCUUUGGGUCACAACCACCAGUAGCAUCACCGCCACCAUUGCCUACUCCGUUACCACCUGAGGCAACAUCAACAACAACAACAACAUCAUUGGAGCAUGAUAAUAUAAAUAAAGAAAAAAAACAAGUAAAAUUUUCAGGUACAUGUGGAAAUGGAAUUAAUGAAACUAGUAAAAAAAAAACCUCCAUAAGUGAUUUACCAAUUCAAUUUAUAAACGAUCAUAAAAUGCAAUCAGAUAAUUCAACAAGUUCUGGUAUUAAUAAAAAAACAACUGUUAUAUAUACUAAAAAUCCAAAUCAAUUUAAUAAAAAUAAUAAAUUAACAUGCACUAAUGUAACAAUGUUACCUAAAAAUACAAAAAUUGUUCCUACACCAACAGCUAAAAAAAGCUUACAAAAUAAAAAUAAUAGUGCUAUUGUAGGUAGAUUGAUAACUCAUAAAGUUCCUGGUUCAUUUGUAGCAGCACAACAACAACAACAAUCAAUUGGAAAUUUAACAAAUCAAGGUUCUUCAAAAAUGCAAGUAACAUCUGAUACAACUGCUACAACAACAACAACAACAGCUACUACACAAGCAGUUAAUAAACAACCAACAACAACAUCAUCAACAAUUGUACAAGCUAGUAUUGCUCAGCCAAAAAUAAUAACUGCAUCAACUGUUAAAGCAAUAACAACAGUAUCAAAUGUUCAUAAAACUCCAUCAAAAACUUUAGCCUCAAAUAAUGUACAAACAACAACAACAACAACAGCAACAGCAACAGCAACGACAACAACACCAGUUAAUAGUCAAAUGAUAACUUUUAAAGAUGGUAAAUUACAAUUAGGACAAAAUUCAAAUGUUAUUCAAAGUGUUAGCCAAUUAACAUCAGCUAAUUUACAAAAUAUUAAAACAACUGGAUCUAAAGAUAUACCAACAACUAAUCAAAAACAAAUAGAUGCAAUACAAAUGGUAGGUGGUAAUAGUUCAAAUAAUAAUAAAGUUCAAUUACCAGCAAGUUCAAUAAUAACACAAAAACAAAUAAUAAUUCCACAAAAAACAUUAACAACAUUACAGGCUAAUCAACAAAUUAUCAAUAAAAAUAAUAUACAAACAACAUCUGCAACUGGUGUAGUACAAAAAAUUCCAAUGAAAAAUCAACGAAUUAUUAAUAAUUCAAAAGUUAUUGAUAAUCAACAACAACAAACAACAAAAAUAAUUGUUAAAAAUUCAGAUACAAGUGGACAACAAGUUGAUAAAUGUAAUAGUAAUAAUACUGAUUUAUUAAAUAUUAAAAAAGAUAAUAAAAAUACUGUUUUAAUAAGUACAAAUCAACAAGGAACACCACAUCAAGUUACAUUUCAACCAUUGAAUAAUCCACAACUUGUACAAAUACAUGGUAAUAAAACAUUAACAGCAUUAUCAGUUAAUCAAAAAGUACAAGGAAAUAUUAAAAAUCCAUCACAACAACAACAACAACAACCAUUUGUAUUAAAAAUAAAUACAUCUAAAAAUACAAAUGAUAAUAUACAAAUUAAUGUUAAACCAGUUGCUCAAAAACCAACAACAACAAGUUUAACUAAAAAUCAACAAGCUGAAGUUAUACAACAAUUACAAGGUGUUUAUAAUCAAAAUAUACAAGUUGUUGAUGUUGCUAAUCAGCCACCAGUUGUAAAUUCAUCACCAUCUAAAAAACGUACAAAACAAAUAAUUCGUAAAGAUACUGGUAAAGUUACAAAACGUACAACUGAUGGAAAUAUUGUUGAUAAUGUUAAUGAUGAUAAUGAUGAUAACGAUAAUGAUGAUGAUGAUAAAAAAAUAAUAAAUAAUUCAGUAACAAAACAACAAGUUUGGAUAACAAAAAAUAAUAAUCAAACAGUUGAAAAUUUACAAUCAAAUGAUUCAAUAGUUAAACAACAACAAAAACAACAACAAGUAAUACGUAAAACACUUGGUGAUAUAUCAUCAUCUGAUGAUUGUUCAUCAAAUAAAAAUGUACUUGAUCCUUCAAAUGUACCAAGUGCUGUUGUUAAUGCUAAUAAAAAAACAACUGAUACAAAUGAACAUUCAAGUCUUUCAUCACAACAACAACAACAACAACAAGAUGCAACAUUAUAUUCUGGUCAACAAAGAUCAACACCAAUUAAAACACAUUCAAAUAUGUCAUCAUUUGAUACACUUAUAAGUGCUGCAUUUAAUGAGAGUGCACAAUCAUUAGAUCAAAUUGAUUAUCAGUCGAAUGAUUCACAAUGUAAAGAUUAUAAAAAACAAAAUAUAAAUAAAUUAACACAAGAUAAUAAUAAAUUUUCUUAUCCUGGUAAAAAACCAACAAGAAUAAAAACAUCAUUAAAUACUGAUAUGAAUUGUUUAAAAUUAUCAAUUGAUAAUAGCACAGAUAAAUUAAAAUCAAAUGAUCAAUUAUCAAAUAAUAUUAUUCCAAGAGAACGUUAUCAAGUACAACAACAAAGUGGACAAAAAAUUACAUUUUUAUCAUCAUUACCACAACAAGAUAAUACAUUACGUAUAUCUAAAAAAAUAACUGGUAUUAAAACAUCAUUAAAUACUGAUAUGAAUCCAUUAAAAACACUUGCUGUUGCAGCAAGUGUUGCUAGUAAUGAACACAUGAUAAAAACAAAUGUUAAAAAUUUAAUUCAACAAAAUAAAAAUUCAUCAAAUAUACUACAAAGAAAUCAAAAUAUUAAAAUACAAAAUAAUAACCCUCAACAAUCACAAUUACCUAAUAAAAAUAAACCAUUUGUUCAUGUAACAUUGUCACCAGAAACUCGAAGAAAUAUUGAAAGAAAACUUAAUAUUAUACCAGAUAAACAAGAUAUUAUAUUUAAUGAAAAUAAUGAUGUUAAAAGAGAAAUUAAUUUUGCUGAUACAACUCGUAAGGCUCUUCUUCCACAUGAGUGUCUCCAGUUUGUUCUUCAAGACCAUAACUAUGGAGCACCUCGUCCAAAAACUCCAAUUUCAACAUCACCAGUUAAACAACAGCAACAACAACAGCAGCAGCAUCAUCAACAACAGCCAAUCAAUGGAGCAACUUCAUCAACAUUUUCACAUCAAUCAUUUAAUUAUAAUUCAGGUGUAGUAAAAUCAAAUGGUGCAAAAAUUGAAGAUGAUGCAGCAAGUGCUAUUAGCAGUGAUGCAGGACGUGAUGUUGAACCAGAAGGUGAAGAAACGGAUACAGCACCAGAAGGUGAAGGUGAUGGUGAUGAUGAAGAUAGUAUAACACGUUGUAUUUGUGGUUUUGAACAUGAUGAUGGUUAUAUGAUUAGUUGUGAUCGUUGUCUUACUUGGCAACAUGUUGAUUGUAUGGGUAUUGAUAGAUCAAAUAUACCAGAAAAAUAUUUAUGUGAACAAUGUGAACCACGUAGAAUUGAUCAUCAACGUGCACGUACAUUACAAUUGCGUAAACGUGAAGAAUUAAUGAAUUCAGAUUCAACAUCAGAUACAGCAUCAACAAGUUCAGCUGAUACUGAUGUUGGUACAAAUUUAACACCAGUUAAUUCAGCAAGUGUUAAAAAACGUUCUGGUCCACAACAACAAAAUGUAUCACGAAGAAAAUCUGAUCCAGUACAACAUCGUCGUUUAAACAACAACAAUAAUAAUAGUAGUAAUAAUUUAAAUAAUAUUAAUGAAAAUAAUAGUGUUGUUAAUAAUAAUUAUCCAAAUACAUUGAAUAAAAAUUCACGACAAAAUAAUAAUAAUACUACAACAAGAAAAAAAGAUAUGACAACAAUAUCAGCAACAUCACCAGCAGCUCCAGUAGCACCAGCAGCAUCAUCAUUACCAGCAUCAACAGUAUCAGCAACAACAACAACACCAAAACGUAGUGGUGGUAGUAGUAAUAGUGGUGCUCAAGGAAAAAGAAGAAAUAAACGUAGAUCAAGUGUUAAUUGUGAUGAAGAUAAUCAAGAUUCAUGGGGUUCAAGUAUGACACCACUUAGAAAAUGGAUUGAACAAUAUGAAGAUGCUGUUACAAAUCAUUAUAGUCCAGAAUUACGUGCUAGAGUAUCAAGUAUUAAAAUAAAUAGUGGAUAUAAUAAUGAAUUUAAAACAAUUAUUAAUAAUAAUAAUACAAAUACAAUGACAAAUAAUAAAUAUCGUGUGAGUGAACAUAAUAAUAGUAGUAAUAUUCUUGUAUUUAAAUAUUUACUUGCUACAAUAUAUUUACCACCAAAUACAUUGGUAUUAGAGCUACGUGGUAAAUAUAUGUUAAGUACACAAUAUAAACCACCACAUCAAGGUCGUCAAAUUGCUCAACGUCCUGGUCCAUUUGUAUUUUUUUAUCGUUUACCACGUGAUGGUCCUGAAAUUUGUGUUGAUACUAGAACUUAUGGUAAUGAUGCUAGAUUUAUAAGACGAAGUUGUACACCAAAUGCUGAAAUUAAACAUUGUCUUGAAAAAGGUACAAUACAUCUUUAUAUUGUAACAACACAAACUAUUGAUAAAAAUGAAGAAAUAACAAUUCGUCAUGAACAAAAUGAUAUGAUAUUACCAAACAAUGCAAAUUCAUUAUUACAAUUUGCUUGUGCAUGUGGUAAUCCACGAACUUGUAAAAUUGCUUCAUCUAAUCAAGUUGGUAAUAAUUCUCGUCAAGUAAAUAAUACAACAUCAACAAUAACAGGGACGACGACGACAACAACAGGAGCAUCAGCAACAACAACAAAUGGUAAUUCUACUGAAAAUCCAACUGAUGGUAGAGAAAGAAGACGUCGUGGUAGAAGAAGCACAGUAUCUGAAGAAAAUAAUGACAGUACCUCGGCUGGUCCGAGUAAUAUUUCAAACAUACAAUCCAAUAAUCAAACAGUUACACAAAAAUUAUCAACUGAAAAUGCAAUUGAAUCAAGUGCUGUUACAAUAGCAAAAAAAUUACGUGAUGAAUUACGACGAAAAACAAAAGAUAAUAGUAAAAUUGAGUCACAAAUAACAACUGAACAAUCUGAGAUGUCUUCUGUAAAAAAUUCAACAUCAGAAAAAUCAGUUAUAAUUCCAGUUGAAGAGCCAUCAAGUAAAAUAACACCAAUACCACCAACAACAAUGACAACAAUAACAACAACAACGACGGUAUCUAGACAACCGUCACCAAUAACAACAUUAGCAACGGCAGCAGCAGUAGUAGCAGAAAUCGAAACAGCAAUGACAACAACUGCAGCAGUGUCACCAGUAAUAUCACCAACAGUAUCUUCAAAAUUAUUAUCUGAAACAACAGCACCAACUGUCAAGUCAAAACAGGCUAAAAAUAAAAAUGAAGAACAGAAAUUAAAUCGUGAAGAUCGUAAAAUUCAAGCAAUAAUGAAAAGUUUUGCACAAAUGGAAAAAGCUGCACAAAGAAAAAAAGAAGUUAAAGCAAGAAAUAAACAGAGAAAAGAAUCUGGUGGUAAUAGUGAUAGUUCAAUGAAAAAUUAUCAAAAUAAAAAACAACAUAAUAAUAUUGAACGACCAAUUAGAAGAAAAAGAAGAAAAGGACGUUCAAGAACAACAAGUACAAGUUCUCAAAAACAAUCAAAUAGUCGUUUAUCAAGAUUAAGUUCAGCUGAUUCUGAUUUAUCAUCAAAUGAUGAUAAUAUAUCAAUACAAUCGUCAUUUGUUAGGCGACGUCAACAAUCACAAUCACAAACAAAUGUAUUGCCUUUAUCAUCAUUAUCAUCGUCAUCAUCAACAACACCAUCAGCAGCAGCAGCAUCAACAACAACAUCAUCAUCAAAUUACAAUGAUAAUAUUUAUUCUUCAUCUAAUAUUAAUAAUUGCAAUGAUAAUAAUAAUAGUUCAAGUAUACCAACAGCUGCUGGUCUUUUACUUGCACUUGCAAGUAGUGGUAAUGCUAAUAAUAAUAAUAAUAAUAUAAAUGAUAAUUUAUCAGCAUGUCAAUUGCCACCACCACCACCGCCAUUAUGUAAAAGUCCAACUUGUGAUAGUGGUGCAAGUAGUAGUAGUUCACAAAGUUCAACUCCAUCAACGCCAUUAUCAUCAGCAUGUUUACUUGUUGCUGCUGCUGUUGGUCCAUUAGCACCUGGUUUUAAAUUUCCAAAAACUAAAAAAGUAUUGAUGAAUGAAUGGUUAAGAAAAUCACCAGAACCACAACAACAACAACAACAACAAAUAAAUUCACAUAAUACAAUUGUAACAGCAUCAAUGUUAUCACCAAAUAAUUUUAAUUAUAAUAUUGAUAAUAAUAAAACAAAUGAUUAUAUUAAUCAACAACAAAAUUAUGCUGCUAAAAGUUUAGCAACACUUGUACAAGCAGCAAAUUCAGUAUCUGGUAUAUGUGAUUCAUCAUCAUCAUCAUCACCACAAAGAAAACAAACAAAUGCACCAUUAUUAAACACAAUACAAGGACAAUUAUCAUCUGGUUCAGCUAAAAAAAGAUGGUUAAGACAAGCUAUUUCAGAAGAAUGUGAAUCACCAAAUAGUAGACCAGAAAGUCCACCAUGUGAAAUUGUUGCAGCACCACCAAAAAAACGUAGAAUUGCACGUGAAAGUAUGUCAUCAGAUAAUUAUACACCACCAACAACACCAACACAUUUAAUACCAGAUAAUAAUUAUAUUAUUAAUAAUAACAUACAUAAUAAUAAUAAUAAUAAUGAUCAAACAAUUUAUUCAACAAUUGACAAUGAUUAUUCUGAUAGAUUACCAGUUCAACAAUCAACAUCAUCAUCAACAGUAUCAUAUGUGACAACAUCAUAUCCAGAUCAUGAAACUGAAGAUAAAGAUUUGGAAAUGAAAAAAUUAGAAUUUUAUAGAAAUUUUGAUUUAAUUAAUUGCAAUAAUGUAAAUAAUGUUGUUAGAAAAAUUGAACCAGUUGUUGAAGUUAAAAAUGAGACAAAAGAUUUAAUAGCUAAAAUUGAAAUUGAUAAUGAUGAUUAUAAUAAUAAUGAUGAUGGUGAGGAUGAUAAAAAAAUAAUUGAAAUGAAUAUUAAAAAUGAUGAUGUUAUUGCUGUUGAGCCAUUAAAAGUAGAAACAAAAAUUGACAUGGAUUCAAUUAAAAAAGAAGAAAUAACAAUGGAAGAUUCUUCAGUAUCAUCAAAUAUUAAAAUUGAAAAAACUGAACAACAGGAUGAUCAAAUAUUGUCAAAUAAAAUUGAUGAAUAUAAUUGUUCAAGUGUUGAGACAACUCCUACAAUUACAUCAUCAGAAAUAAAUAAUUUAAAUGAUGAAAAAAAUAAUACAAAUGAUUUAUUAUCAAUAACAAAUAAUGAUCAAAUGUCAAUUGAUGAAUUUGAUGUUGAAGCACAAAUGAAAAAAAUAACUGGUGAUGAUAGUAAUGAUUUUAUAUGUACAAAAGAAAAAAUGGAAAUAUCAUUAGAAAAAAGUAAAGAAAGUUUUGAUGGUAUUGAAGGAUUAAUGGAAAGUCCAAAAGAAGAUUCUGGAUCAGAAGAUAAAGAUGAAGAUGAAGAAGAAAAAUAUAAUAAUAAUAUUGAAGUAGAUGAUGAAGAAGAAGAAGAGGAAGAAAAAGAAAUAGAAAAAAUAAAUAAUAUUAAUGAAGAAAAAAAUAAUGAUAUUGAAGAUGAAAAUUUAUUAAAAUUAACAAAUAAAAAUGAUGAGAAAAAAGAAGAAGAAGAAAGAGCAUUUAAAGAAAUUGAAAAAAUGUCAUUUACAUUAAAUAAUGAUGAUGAUAAUACAACAACAACACCAACAACAACAGAUUUUAUAAAUGAAAAUAAUAAAACUGAACAAUUAAAUGUUAAUGCAACAACAGCAGCAGCAGCAACAACAAGUACAGCAUGUUCAAUAUCAGAAGAAUCAAUGUUUGAUUCAAUUUCAAAUCUUGAUUGUGAAUCAGUAACUGAUCCACCACCAGAAAUAUUUCAAUCAAUUCCACCAUUGAGUGAACGUAUACGAAAGAAAAAAACAACAAAUACAUCAAGCAAGAAACUUGAUUUUGAAGCAUCAAUAAUUGAAUCAACACUUGACAUUGAUUCAUCUGAAAUAACUGAAAAUGGUGAAUUAAAUAAUACUGAAUUAUCAGCAGCAUUACGUCAAUUAUUAGAAUCAAAAAUUGAUGAGGAAACACCACUACCACCACCAACAACAACGACAAAUAUGAUUGUUGACGAAACAGAAAUAUUAUCAGUUAAUAAACCACCACCUGAUGAUGAUUAUAAUGCAACAAUAAAUGAAAUACAACAACAAAUAUCAUCAACAUCAUCAAAUGUACAAUCUUCAUUACCACCACCACCACCAUCAUCAAUACCAUCAACACCAUCAACACCAUUGACUUCUUUACAAUCUACAAAUAAUGAAAUUAAAAGAUUAAAAGAUCCAAGAAGAGCUGUUCCUCAUGAACGACCAGCAUGUGAAACACCAGCACCAAUCAAGCGCAAGGUUAGAAGGCUAUCAAUAACGGAAUAUCGUAAAAGAAAACAACAAUCAUCAAAUACAACAUCUGAAGCUGAACCAUCUAAUGAAAAUUCACCAGAAAAAAGUCCAAAUCGUGGUAGAUCAGAUAGUGCAAGUAGUGGAACAUCAUCAUUAAGUUCAGAUGAUGAAAAUACAAUAAAAACAAUUUCAUCAUCAACAACAACAACAACAGCUACAACAACAGCUACAACAUCAUUAACAAAUGUUAAUAAUAUUUCUGAUGUUAUAUUAAAUUUACCUCUAUUUUCAACAACUGAAAAUGAGGAUAAAAAAGGUGGUGAAGAUGGAAAAAUUGGUUGGUCAUCAGCACCAACAUUAGUUGAACGACAAAGAGAAAAUUUAACUGAAAGACUGAAACGUGAAUUUGGAUUAUUUUUAAGUGAUGAUGAAGAAGAACGUGCACGUAAACAAGGUUUAACUGCUGAAGCAAUAUUAAAAGCACGUUUAUCUGGUACAACUGCUGAUCUAUCAUUAUUAAAAAAUCAUACAAUUAAUUUUACAUCAACACAAUUACCACCACAAGUAUAUAUACCACCACCAGGAACAGCAACGUUAAAUUAUUCACAUUUAAAUGAUGUAGAAAAUUAUCAAAAUUUUACAAUUUUAACACAACAACAAUUAUCAUCAGCAUCAUCAAGUACUGAAGUACAAAUAAAUGAUUGUCAUUCAACAGAAUUACAAUCAACUGAGUUUCUUGUUCCAGAAGCACCACCAGGAUCAAAUCCUUAUCCACCACAAUUUUCAACAACAAUAACAAGUGCACCACUUGAUCCACCACCAUUUGAUAAUAAUUUAGGUACAAUACAAUCACAAAAUUCAUACUAUAAUCAUCCAUAACCAUCAUCAAGAACAUAAAACAUUUUUGUGAUUAAAACUAACUUUUAAUGGCCUAUGGUUUGAUUAUUAUUGUUUUUUUUUUUUUUUUCCAUUUAUUAUUUUGCAAUCAGGUGUUUAAUAACUGAUCGAAUUAUUGUUAUUAUUAUUGUUCUUUUUUUUUUUUCUUUUUUUUUUAUACUCAAGAUGUGAAUAUGGUGUGUGAUAUAAUGUGUGUUUAUUUAUUAUUUUUUUUUCUUCUGCUUUUUUGUACGAAUAACAAAAUAAAACGUAUAAUUUUAUGAUAAAUAACGCUAAAAUAAGUGACGUAUUUUCUCUAAGAUAAUUAAAAAAUUGUCAUAAACAAAAAUGAAUAAUAUGAAAAAAAAAUAUAUUCAUAAAUUGUUUGCAUAGUUGUUUGCACAUUAGUGCACUUUAUAUCGUAAGAAAAAAAAAAUGUACAUAUACGAUUCAAUAGUAAUUAAUUAGCUUUAAGAGUUAUUAUAUUUUUUACAUGAAAAAAAAAAAAAUGAAAAAUAAAAAAAUAUGCAGUUUUAGAUAAUUGCAGUAUUGUUUAUCAAAAGUGAAUAUAUAUUAACGAAAUUUUUUGGCUACAUUACCUUUUUUUUUUUUUUGAUUGAAGAUUAUAUUUUCAAAGCAUAAAAAAUUUAUAUAUUUUUUCUAUAAACAUUUUAAUUUAUCGAUAAUUAAAUGUACGUUUAUAUAUUAAUUAACAAAAAGAAAAAAAAAAAUUGUAAUUAAGUUUUUUUUUUUAUGCAAAAGAGAAAAAAGAAAAAAAAAAUAAUUCACUUUUGUAACUUGUUUUUUUUUUUUUUUUUUAUUUUCAAGAUGUUUAAUGAUUUUACAUAAAAUAAUAAUUGCAAUAUAUUAAAAUUAGCAUAUUUACAGCAACAAUUUAAAGCAUCAGUUAUAAAUAAUAAUAAUAAUUUUGACGUAAAAUAAAAUGUUUAUAUAGAUUAGUUAACAAUUUAAAGAAAAUGAAUUUAAAAUUAUUAAAAAUAACAACCGCCAUGUCUGAAUUAGUUAAUGAUUAAUGUAAAUUUUCAUAAAAUGUGAUGAAUUGUUAUCCGGAGUUUGAAACAUCACAUGAUAAUAUUAAUAAUAAAAAAAAUUUCAGCUUAAUUAACAUUUAAAUUAACAAAAAAAAAAAAAAAGGCUAUCGACUUGAAAUCUGCCUAGUUAAAUUAGCCAGUGCAUAAUAGUUUUAUCUAGUGUGAAAAUUAAAGUGAGGCUCUAAAAUUAUAAUUGAAAAAAAAAAAAAAUUAAAAUAAAACACAAGUUUAAUGUAUAUGUGUAAA